CUCUCAAUCUCAUUUCAUAUCUCUAUAUGUCCGAUUAUUUAUGUGGUGUCUUGGUAGCUAGCUCGGAGCUUAAUUUUAAUUCGCAGCUGCGCAGUAGUAUAAAAUCGUUGUUGGCCCUUUGCUUUCCCUCUCCCUCGUUGUCCAUGGCCCUCGAGUCAUGGCUCACCAAGGUCCGCUCGGCCAUGUCCUCUGCCUCUGGAGGUUCGGGGGCGCCAUCGAGGCCCCGGAAGCAGAGCACCGUCGGCAUCCUCGCCUUCGAGGUCGCCAGCCUCAUGUCCAAGCUUCUCCAGCUGUGGCGAGCCGUGGGUGACGCUGCCGUCGCACGCCUCCGCCACGAGACCAUGAACCUCCACGGCGUCCGCAAGAUGGUCUCCGACGACGACGACUUCCUUGUCGGCCUCGCCCGCGCCGAGCUCGUGGACACGCUCAGGGCCGCAUCCGACUCCGUGACCGCGCUCGCCGCGCGGUGCGCGGACCCCAGCCUCCGCGACUUCAGGGACGCCUUCCUGGAGCUGGCCGACACCGGCCGCGACCGGCACCGCUGGACGGCGCCCAGCUGGAAGGAGAUGGACGCGAGGGCGAGCAGGAUGGGGAAGCAGGUGGCCACCACCGCCGCGCUCCGGAGGGCCAUGGAGGAGCUGGCCGAGGCCGAGCACGGCCUCCGGAAGCUUGUCGUCCUCCAGUGCGCCGCCAACAGCCUUUCGGCGAGCAAGAUCUCGGCGGCGUCGGAGCAGCAGCAGGUGGUCUUCUCCAAGAGGCAGGAGGUGAAGCACCUGAAGCAGACGUCCCUCUGGGGCUCCACCUUCGACGCUGUCGUCGCGUCGCUGGCACGGGCGGCGUUCACCACCCUCGCGCGCAUCAAGGCCGUCUUCGGCGCCGGCCGGGAGCAGCGCCACCCGCCGCUGUACCGCAGCCUGACACUCUCCUCGGCGGUGCACCCGUCAGGCGACGCGCGGUCCCCGCCGUCGCGCAAGUCCAUGUCAAUGGAGGAGGUGCUGCUGUUCGACGUGGACAACCAGCCGUCGUUCGCUCCGAAACGGCAGGUGCGGGGCGGCGGGUUCCUGGAGGACAGCUCGGCGGCACUGACGCCCCCGGCGGGGACGCUGGGCGCGGCGGCGCUGUCGCCGCGCUACGCCGGGCUGGUGAUCUCGAUCGAGCGGAUGGCGCGGUCGCCGCUGCUGGUGGGCCCCGAGGAGCGGGACGAGCUGUACGGGAUGCUGACGGCGAGCGUGCGCGCGCAGCUCCGGGCGCGGCUGCGCGGCGCGGUGCCCGCGGCGGACCCGGGGCUCGCAGGGCAGUGGUGCGCGGCGCUGGCUGGGAUCCUGGAGUGGCUGGCGCCGAUGGCGCACGCGACGGUGCGGUGGCAGGCGGAGCGCAGCCUGGAGCAGCGGGGCGGGAGCGGCAACGGCAGCGUGCUGCUGCUGCAGACACUGCAGUUCGCGGAGCGCGACAAGGUGGACGCGGCGGUGGUGGAGCUCCUGGUGGGGCUCAACUACGUGUGGCGGUUCGAGAAGGAGAUGAGCUGCCGUGCUAUGCUCGCCUCGCCCGCCCGCCCGCCCGUCCGAUGACGAUGCAUCCAUGGAUUAUGGAUGGUGGUGGUGAUACGAAUGAUGCAAGCACAUCUGCAUCUGCAUCUGUUUGUUGCUCAUUCUGGAUGGAUCUGUUGAUGACGAAUAAAUAAUAAGCUAAGGCAGGUAC